AUGGCGGCGGGCGGGCGGCCGCCGGGCCUCUGGGAGCGGGUGUGCGCAGAGUAUGGAGCAGAACAACCUCAAAUUCCAGAUGUUCCUGAAUCAAAACAUGGAUCUGUGUGUUUGGAAGCAGGAAUAUUGCAGCCAUUACGUAUGGAACAAUUUUAUUCAGCCCCUCCAGCUGAUACUGUUGUCCAACAGUUGCUUCCCAUAGCCGAGGCAGGCCCCUUUCCAGAACCACCUGAUCCAAAAACAUGUUCUCCUCGAGAAUACUUAGAGUAUUACAUAUUUCCAGUACUCUUACCCGGAAUGGCUGAACUUCUGCAUCGAGCAAAGAAGGAAAAGUGUUUUGAGAGAAAACGGACCAAAUUUAUUGCCUGUGACUUCCUAACUGAGUGGUUAUACAACAAGAACCCAAAGAGGAAAGAUGAGUCAUUCACAGAAUUCCUUUCCAUUCCUUUUGUUAACAACUGGCUAAAGGACCAUCCUAGACCACCAAUUCCUCUCUCUCUCCUUCUAUCAGAAGAAGAAGCAAGCAUAAUAAUUCAGUCCUUCUGGAGAGGUUAUCGGGUCCGCUGUGAUAGUGAAAUACAAGAGCUACGUCUGUGGCAAAAGCAGUUGAGAGAGGACAAAAACAUUAUUAAAAGAGUGAAAGAAUUCUGGACUAAGCAGGAAGCCAAAGCAUUUACAUCAUCUCAUCAAGGCAUGUUUUUUCAUGCGUUCCAUUGUCCACGAUACCAAAGCACUGAAGAUGCGCUGGUUGCCUUCAUUCUGGAUUUUUCUCUCAGUCCAGAGUCUUCUUCCCUGAACUGCUGUGUUUCUGUGGCUGUCUCUUCAUGA